GUUGAGUGCCCCAUCACAUCUAAGCCGUCAGCAAGUUUGUUGGUUUUAAUCUCCAAAAUACGUCUUGAUUUUGUCUGACUCUCUGCCACCACCCUGAUGUAAGCCCCUAUCAUCUCCUGCUUGAAUCACUGGUCAUUGAUGUGGUCAUUCUCGGUCUCCUCGAAGGGAGUGUGAAGAUGCUUAAAGAGCAUCCAGAGAUGGCGGAAGCUCCUCAGCAGCAGUUGGGUGUUCCUGUGGUGAAACUGGAGAAAGAGUUGCCAUGGGGCAGAGGAAGGGAAGACCCUAGUCCAGAGACUUUUCGGCUAAGGUUUCGGCAGUUCCGCUACCAGGAGGCAGCUGGACCCCAGGAAGCUCUUAGGGAGCUCCAGGAACUCUGUCGUCGGUGGCUGAGGCCCGAGUUGCACACCAAGGAGCAGAUCCUGGAGUUGCUGGUGCUGGAGCAGUUCCUCACUAUCCUGCCCCGCGAGUUCUACACCUGGAUCCGGGAACAUGGCCCAGAGAGUGGCAAGGCUCUGGCUGCCAUAGUGGAGGACCUGACAGAAAGAGCGCUGGAGGCCAAGGCGGUUCCAAGCCACGGGCAGGGGGCGCAGGAGGAAACAGCUCUUUGCAGAGGCGCUUGGGAGCCAGGCAUCCAGCUGGGGCCAGUGGAGGUCAAGCCUGAGUGGGGGAUGCCCCCUGGGGAAGGAGUUCAAGGUCCAAACCCGGGUACCGAGGAGCAGCUCAGUCAGGACCCUGGAGAUGAGACGCGGGCCUUCCAGGAGCAAGCACUACCUGUUCUGCAGGCAGGUCCUGGCCUCCCCACAAUGAAUCCCAGAGACCAAGAGAUGGCAGCCGGGUUCUUUACCGCUGGACCGCAGGGGUUGGGGCCAUUUAAAGAUAUGGCCCUGGCCUUCCCUGAGGAGGAGUGGAGGCAUGUGACCCCAGCCCAGAUAGACUGCUUUGGGGAGUACGUGGAACCGCAGGACUGCAGGGUCUGCCCAGAAUGGCUUCCGCAAUGUCUUAAAAAGAAAACAGAACCCUAAAAAGGAAAAUUAUGGAUGAAGGAAGAUUGUUCAAUGAAAAGUGGACAAAUGACUAUUUUUCUUGCUGAGGCAAAUAGCGAAGCACUCUGCUUAAUUUCUAUGGAAUUUGUGCGAGUUUUCAAAGACUACAGUUUGAAGAGGCAUUAUAUGCAAAAACCUGCUGACAAAUUUGGUGUGUAUGUGUUGUAAGGACAAAAUAGCAGAACUGAAAAAAAGUCUCUUUUCAACAGAAAAGAUAUUUAAAAUAGUUACAACUCAAACGAACUCUAUUGUAAGGUAAAAGCUAGUUAUGUGUUAGCAAAUUUAAUAGCAAAAAAAUCAAAACCAUUUACUGAUGGUGAGUUUAUUAAGCAAUGUAUGGAAGAUGUGGUAGAUAUUAUUUGCCUUUAGAAACUGAUAUUUCUAAAAUCAGUUUGUCUCUCCAGACUAUAGCCAGGAGGAUUGAAGAAAUUGGGAAAUCUAUUGAAAGAUGUUUGGAGAGUAAAACUGCUAAUUUAAAAUUGUAUGCUUUGGUGAUGGAUGAAGGCACUGACUGACACUACAGAUACGGCACAACUUGCUAUUUUUAUUGGAGGUAUUGAUGAUGAAUAUAAUGUCACUGAAGAAAUGGAAAUGUCACUGUGCCAUUAAAAGACACAGCUAAAUCAAGAGAUUUAUACAAAGCAAUGAAAAAUACGUUAAAGCGAUUUUCUUUGUCCAUUGUAAACAUAUCUGAUAUAGCUACAGAUGGUGCCCUGGCGAUGGUAGGUGAAAGAGAGGGGCUUGUAUAAUUAAUAGAAGAUGAUGCAAUUGCCGCACAAAACUCACGUUUGAUUAGGUAUUAUUGCAUAAUACAUCAAGAAAAUCCAUGUGCACAAGCUUUAAAAAUGGAUAACGUCAUGCCAAUUGUCAUGAAGGCUGUAAAUUUUACAAGGGCCCAGGGAUUGAAUCAUCGCUAGUUCCAGGAAUUCCUUAAAAGUAUGGAUGCUGACUCUAGCAACGUCAUUCCCUUUUUAGAAGUAAGACAGUUAAGUCAAGGCGAAAUGUAAAGAUUUUAUGCUUUGUGAUGUGAAAUCAAGCCGUUUAUGGUAUCAAACACAAAAUUUGUGCCAGAACUUGCCAAUGAAAACUGGCUUACAGACUUAGUAUUUGUAGUGGAUUUGACAGCCCAUUUAAGUGAGUUAAACCUGUGUCUUCAAGGUGAAAACCAACUUAAUAAUACAAUGUUUCAAACCAUAACAGCAUUCCAAAUGAAACUGAAAUUAUGGCAAGCUCAAUUAAGGCAAACAAUUGAAUGCAUUUCAAUGUGUUGGCUAAACAUGGUCCUGUGAACAGCCAGAAAUAUGCAGCCUUGCUUUUCAAUUUGAUACAGGAAUUUGAAAACAGGUAUUUCAGGAUUUCUGAAAAAAUCAGUAUUUUGGUAUAUUUAUGACUCCAUUUUCAGUUGACAUAAAUAUGUUACCUGCCAAUUUUCAAAUGGAAUGCCGAGAGCUGCAAUCUGACUUUCAACUUAAAGAAAAAUUUGAUCAUCCCUUUUUACUAGACUUUUGUGAUACUAUCUUCCCAAUGACAAAUAUCCCUCACUUCACAAUUCAUGUCAUUGCUUUUUGGCAGCACUUACAUUUGUGAGCUACUAUUUUCAAGGAUGAAGAACAUGAAGAGUAAAACUAGAACCAAAAUAUCUGAUGAGCACCUUGAGAACUCACUGGGAAUUGCAACUACUUCCAUCAAGCCAGAUACUGAUGCAUUAGUUUCUCAAAAACAAUGUCAGGUACUCCACUGGUUUUAUGUUGUCCUCUUUCUUUUAUAAUAAGAAAUAUCAAAAAUAGUGAAGUUUUUUUUUUUUAGUUAGAUAUGUAAAUUUUCUAUAUCAGUGAUUGCAAACUUGGGACUGUUCAAUGAUUUUGAAAGAUCCUCUGAAUGGGGCUGUGAAUAAUUAGGAUUAUUAUGUGAGGACAUUUUUGCUUAUCUGUGGUGGUAGAUAUAAUGAAAACUAUAAACGGAUCUUUUGUGUGUGUGUGUGUAUGUGUGUGUGUGUGUGUUAGUGUAUUUUAUGUGUGGCCCAAGACAAUUCUUCCACUGUGGCCCAGGGAAGCCAAAAGAUUAAAUACCUCUGCUUUCAUUCAGUUCUUAUCAAAAUUAUGGCUGGUUUGUUUGUAGACACUUAUAAGCUUAUUCUGAAUUUUUAUGGAAAGGCAAGGGAUAAGAAAAGCUAAAACUAUUUUGAAAACAUAAAUCAAUGAAGUAGAAAGAAUUGCUCUAUAUGAUGUUAAGAGUUACUGUACAGCUACUAGAGUCACCACAGUGUGGUAUUGGUGGAGGAGUAAACACAGUCAUCAAUGGGACAGAGUAAACAAUAAGAAAUAGAUGCACAAAGUAUGCUCAGCUGAUUUUUGACAAUAUGCCUACCUUUCCAAGAUGGUGUUGGAACAUUUGGACAACCAUAGUCCACAAAAAAUGAACUUUGAUCUAAAUCUGAUAACUUAUGCAAUUAUUAACACAAAAUGGGUAAUAGAGUUACAUUUUGUAAAGUGUUAAACUAUGUAACUCUUAGAAAAAGCAAUGUAGAAAGGAGGGCUAAGCAAAGGAUUUUCAGACUUGACACCAAAAUAACAAUCCAUAAAAGGAAAUAUUAAUACAUUGGCCUCCUCAAAUAAAAAGUUUGCUGUGAUACAGACCCUGUCAGAGAAAAAGACAAACUCCAUGUUGUGACUGUAGGCUAGCAGGAGGGAGCCACAUGGUGACGGAAUGGGUCUGCAUCUUGAUGGUGCUGGUCACUGCACAAAUUUACGAAUGUGAAAAAUUUGCUUAGAACUACACACACAUAAACACACACAAACGAGGGCAUGUAAAACUGGUGAAAUCUGAAUAAGCUCUGUAAACUAUAUCAAAGUCAAUUUCCUGUACUAUAGUAUUAGGUGGGUGCAAAGGUUAUUUCAGUUUGCCAUUUUAACUUUUGCACCAACCUAAUAUGAAUAUACUAUAUUUAUAGUUAACGCAGGAUUGCAAGAUGUUACCAUUGUAGGGGACAGGAUGAAGAGUACAUAGAACCUUCCUGUCCAUUUUUUAUGUAACUUUUUGUGGAUAUAUAAGUUUUUUCAAAAUAAAAAUUUAAUCAAUGGAUCAAUCAUUAUUUAAGUUUCAAGAAAUGGAUGCUUACCCUUCGAUUUGUGAAGACAGAAUAACAUUCUUUCACUAGCACUGUUUUGAUCAUGUCGGGAUCUGUGAUGGUCAGCACAGGGAGUUGACCAUCUUGCGUUCUGUGUGGGGACAACAGAGCUGAUUAAACUUCACUAGCCCGAUUCUACAGCUGGAGCCACACCCAGGAAGCCAGACUUUGAUCCUGAUGUCAUGUAACCCAUGCCCCUAGUUGUACAACACACAGCAACCUUAGGUUCUAGUUCAUUAGGGUGUGACACACAGCAAGAGACUGACACAGGAGCCACCCAAGUCUUCAUACGAUGAAGGGUAAUGUGGCCCAAACAGGGAAGAGACAUUGCAAGACCAAAGAGCUCUUUGAAGACAUCAUGGUUAGAAAUGACAGUACAGCAUUUGUUAAGCUGGAUGGUGCAUACGUGGGUAUUUCCUAUGCCACUCUCCAUAAUGUUUUAUAUGUUUAAAAUACUUCAUUAUCAAUAAUAUUAGGUCAGUGAAAAAUUGAAGGCAGGUAAAUCAUCAGAUCCCCAAAGAGUAAAUGUUGCAAGGGGCAGUUGGUGUGGGGACCACGGACAUCCAGAGCUGUGUGUUCUUUCUACUCAGUCGUGUUGCCUGUAUGGGCUGUGCCAACUCCACAGCACCCUACAGCCAUCGCUGCAGUUUCUGAGGACUUGAUGAGAGAAGAUGAAGAAGUACAAAGAGGCAAAGCCUUCUCUCGCUUGCUUCUAGUGAACGAACACACCACUGCACCUCUUCCACUGCUCUCACCAAAACUCUAGCCCCGCUGACAGGGAACAGCUGCUGCAGUUGGCUGAGGCCACCUUAUAAAAUCACAGCCCAUCAGCCCACCAGGAACACAAUGGUUUAAGAAUAUUCAGCAUUUCUUCUUCAAAGUAAGCAAAAUGGUAUGAACCAAUAAAUGCUUGUAUAUCCUUCUAUUAAAAAGUCUUGGCUUAAAUUUAAACAACAAAGCGGAACAAAAAGUUCCAUACUUGCAGAGAAAGUUUUAAAAAGGGGAGCAUAAAUGGUUUCCCAAUCUGUUUCUCUACUAUUUCUCAACCCUUCUUUCAAGAGCAUGUUAGAUUCAAAGUCUAAAUGAAAGAGUUUUGGCUUUUAAAUGAAAGUGAAUCGAUAUGGGAAGGAGAUGAUGCCAUGCAUUUAUGAGCACAUAUUAGAAGGGUCAGAGACAAUACAUGUGAUAAAAGGGCACCUAAGGAAGAAAAAAAGAAGAGGGGGAUAGGCAGACACUGGACAGAAGGCGAUGCGGGGAGUCCCCUGGGCCUCCAAAGCCUGGAGAAAGGUGGUUACAACAAUGCUCCCAGCCUAGUUCAGAUUGAAGACCUUGACACCUGGUGACACAUGGGAUCCUUGGUAGGACAAGCCUCGAAAAAUUUUACGAUAGCGAGUGUGAACGUUAUCAGAACCAAAGUGACGUCACUAAUUGUUUUUUAACCCUGACAAAUAAAUCCCAAGAAGGCUGUGAAGAGAGGAUUCUCAUGCUUGUGUUCCUGGAAACAAAACUAUUACAAAAGUCUCUACAAAAACCACAACUUUGCACAAAGUCCAUUUCAACUUUACACAAAAAUAUUUCUGCAAGGACACCUGCCCAGCAACUGCCUGUCCAACCUUGGUGUGGCAUCACCCUUGUUAUUGAUCUUUGUAGCUAACAGUAAUUACCUCAAAACAGUUAUGAGAUUCUCCUCACAUUUUCCUUGGAGCAUCUUUGUCUUGUUUACCUCCCUGAAUUUGCACAUCAUUUAUAAUGGCAAGCAGAUUCCCAUUGCAAUAUUCUACUCCCAAAUAAUUAUCCUCUUCUUUCAGACAACCUCUCUCUUAUUUGGGUUGGCAAGAGCUUCAUCCCGUGAAGCCCUGGGCAGAGACUAUCCUCUUUGCAGUGGGUAACCCUAUCACGGCAGCAGGUCUAUCCAAUGGAGGUUUCCAGAGUACUCACCUCCACAUUUUUCCAUACUUUUUAUAACAUUCUGUGUCAAAUUUCCAGAUACCCUGGGAGAAGAAACAAAAUACAAUUUGAUUAUUAUUUUAAAUAGAGUGAACCCUACCUCUAAUUGGGGCUGAAAACAGUUGCAUCCAGUGAAAUCAGGCCUCAGACCUGCUAUCUUUCACUGGCAGUUGGAGGAAGCUUAUUCAGAGAGGUCUUAAGGGAAAGGCAAGAAAACAGAGGAUAUAUUUGAAGUGGGGAAUUUAAAGUCACUCUUGAAUUUUCUCCAAGUACUGAAGGACUCGCCCUUAUCUAUGACUAGUAAUUCCUUGUCUUUCUGAUGUAUUUUUGCUUUUUCUUUUAUUCUCUCGAAAGUCUCCUAACCUCCUGAAUGAUCACCUGCAAAGGCAGGGGUGAAACUGAGGCUGAGGAAAAGUGAGUGUCUGCAGGGAAUGCAAAAUUUUUUUGUCUCCUCCAUCAGCAUCCUUUUCAUUUAUCUCAUGUGCUCUCUCCAGAAUUCUAGCAGAAUUAGAAAGUUAAAGAAACCAGGGGCCUCUUUUCGUCUUGCAGAUUUAGAUAAGUCUAAGGCAUGUUGUUGAGUGAGAAAAUGAGUGAGUGAGUGAGUGAAUGAGAAAGUAGACUUCCUUUCCAGUUUUCUAGCUUAACACAGAAAAGAUGGAGAAGUGCCACCUCUACAGAUCACACCCAAUUACAAUGCGUGCUCUGAGCUUUCACUUCUGAAAUGUAAAAACAAACCUUCUUGUUGCUAAGAUCCAGCUAUGAUGUUUUAACUGUGCAAAAGAAGGUCCCAGAAAUGUCGAUCUACUGUAAGAGUUGAUCUGGGAAAGACGAAGAAGAAAUUACUGCUUUUAUUGAGAGUAAAAUGGUAUAGAAUUCUCAGACAGUAAUCAGACAACAGAGGCCUCAGUUGUGAGUGUUAGAAUCUGAGAAACAAGCUUCAGGUAUACAGGAUAGGAAAUCUGGGCUGGAGAGCAGCUUGCUGGUGCUGGCCUUCUGGGCAUGAGCUCGUGACUUUCCCUCCAGGGGCCAGACCCUGGGCAAAGCAUCGGACCAGGGUAGCCACAAAGGCUCGGCCACAGUUUACAGUCCAUGUGGCACAUAUGACAUUCUGUUCAGUAAAAUUAAAUAUUUAAUAA